AUGGAGAGUCUCACAUAUUUAUCUCGAAUGCUUACUGUUGAACAACUUAAGGAUAAAAUAUAUGUAUCAUCAAUGUUUCAGAGUACUCCUCGUUUAUUCAAAAAUAAAUUCACGCUCUUGAAG